GACAGUGAGAGUGAAGCACCAAUUCCCGUUCGAGUACAUCCAUUUCUCGUCAAAGUGUUAAAGAAACAUCAGGCUGAAGGAAUUCAAUUCCUCUAUAAUUGUACAAUAGAAUCACUUUCUAGAUUGGAUGAACCUGGUGGUGGAGCAAUACUUGGUCAUUGUCGCACAUAAAAUACAUAUUCAAGCACAUAUAACUCUAAAUUUGGGUUCUAAAUCACUUGAAGAAUUGAAAAAUAAUUUACUCGAAGAAUUAACAGAAUACACAGCAAAUACUGUGCUUUUAUGUGCAAAGCAAUCAGAUUCUGAAAUAAUAUUUAAUGUUUCUACUAAAUUUACUGGAGCUGGACGUGUUUGGCUUCUUUCAGAAGCUGCUAGUAACGCAAAAAAUAUUCCAAAAGGGGCAUUAAGUAUUCGACUUAAACAAUCAAUGAUUUCUUCUUUAAGAGAUGGUUUGGCUGUUGCUAAAGCUGGAAUUAAAUCAUUUAAACAAAAUAAUUCUUUAAAAUUUAAUCCUCCAAAGGGAUGUCAACAUUCUGUUUCUGAAUGGACAAAUUUUGCUGAGGAAAAACUUUUCGAUGAAUUAAAACGACAACCAAUUUAUGAAACUUUGAGUGGAGAACAAAUAAAUUUUAAUGAAAGAGGCGAUAGAAAGGGAAUGACAUAUGAAAUAUUAAAUGCUAAAGAGUUUGUUGGACCUCUUGUAGUUGUUGGAAAUUUAAAUGGACGUGGAGAAUUAAUUUUGGAUGAUAGGGCAAUUAUUUGGCCUGGGGGAUUGAGAAGAAAACCUUCGGAAUUAACACUUCCAAAACAUUUAAGAGUUACUUUAGUUGUUGAUCCUCCUUUUGUAUAUGCAUUUAAAGUUGACGAAUAUUCAAGAUGUUCCAAGCUUCAAUUUCUAAAUAAUCCAACAAUAAAUGUUGAAGGUUUUCAAGUAUCAGGUCCUUGGUUUCCCUGUGAAAAAUUAGAAAAUAAUAAAAAAGAAUUUUAUUGUUGUAGUGGAAUGGCUGUAGAAUUAUUGUUUCUUAUAUCAGAAGGUUCUAAAAGAAUUAAUGGAGAAGAGAAAGAGGAAAAAGAAGAAGAAGAAUUAAUAGUAGCAGAUAAUAGCUUUAGUUUUGAAUUAAAAUUAAAUGAUUCUUAUGGGGCUGUUUUGCUUGGGGAACAAGAAGGAGAAGGAUUUAAAUUAACUGGAAUGAUUGGAGAAUUAGAUGCAGACAGGGCAGAUAUGGCUAUUGGGGCUUUAAGUAUUAAUCCAGAACGGGACCGUUUUAUCGACUUUAGCGAGCCCUGGUUAUAUCAUGGAAUUCAAAUACUUGAACGUUGGCGUCCAAAACGUUCUCCAAUGGAAUCAUUUUUACAACCUUUAAAGAAUUCUUUAUGGCUUUCUUUGGUUAUUGCUGUGUUUUUAGUUGCUUUUGUUGUUUAUUUUUUGGAUUUAAAAUCUCCAUUUGAACGUUUUUAUUCUUCUGGACAAGAUCCUUUAUUUGAAAAAGCAGAACAAGAAGAAAGGGUUUCUAUUGGAGAAUCUUUAUGGUUUUCUUGGGGUGUUCUUUUAAAUUCUGGUGUUUGUGAAAAGACUCCGAGAAGUUUUAGUGCUCGAGUUUUGGGAUUAGCUUGGUGUGGAUUUUGCAUGAUAAUGGUAGCCUCGUAUACAGCUAAUUUGGCUGCUUUUCUUGUUCUUGAUCAACCAGAACGAUCACUUUCCGGAGUUAAUGAUCCCAGGCUUCGUAACCCUUCUGCAAAUUUCAGUUUAGCAACAAUUACACAUUCAGCUACUUAUCAAUAUUUUAAAAGACACGUAGAGUUGUCUACAGUUUUUAGAAAAAUGGAAGCAAAUAAUCAACCAAAUGCCCGUUCUGCUAUUCAGGCUUUGUUAAAUGGUUCAAUAAGCGCUUUUGUUUGGGAUUCAGUACGUCUCGAAUUUGAAGCAGCUAAUAAUUGUGAAUUACGUACUCGUGGCGCUCUUUUUGGUCGUUCAGCAUAUGGAAUUGGACUUAGAAAAGGAAGUGCUUGGACUCCACAUAUUAGUCAAGCAAUUUUACGUUUAUCAGAAAAUGGAACUUUAGAACGUUUAGAACAAAAAUGGAUACGUUCCCCAAAUAAAAAUUUCCGUCCCUGUUUUCAUUUUGAACCAAAAGCUCCUGCACGUCUUGGACUUAGAUCAAUGAGAGAUGGUCUUGUUCUUGUCGCCUCUGGUAUUUUAUUGGGUGCCGGAAUGAGUAUAUUGGAAAGAAAAAGAGGGAAAAGUUUACAAAAACAAAAAAAAAGGCAACAAUUAGCUCGUCAAUAUGCUGCAAAAUGGUUAGAAUUAUCAAAGAGAAAAAGGGAAGGCACAGAUUCAUUAUUAUUGAGAUUAUCUGCUGCAUUAUGUGAUGAAAAAAGAAAACAAAAAGAAGAAAGGAUAAAUAAAAAUAUUUUUAUUAAAACAACGCCAAUGUUUGUUCCAGAAUUAAAUUUUGGAACAAAACCAUGCAAUGUUUAUUGCCCUCGUUGUCAUCAUUUUAUUCAAACAAUUACAAAACCAAUUUUUGGCCGUUUUGCUUUAAUAUGUUCAUUUAUUUGUAUUUUUUUACUUCUUUUCCCUUGUGCAUUAGCUCCUAUUUUCUUAACUUGUUUUGCAGAUUAUGAACAUUUUUGUUCAAAUGAAGAAUGUAAACAUAAAAUUGGAAGGUAUAGACGCUGUUUUAAACCAAAAUUUUUUGUUUAAUUUUCUAAUUAAUGUAAAAUGUUUUCAAAAAAAAUUCUCUUUAUUUUUCACAAAUUACAAAAAUAAAAUUUUUAAAAUUUAACAAAAUAAAUAAAAAAUUGAGAAAAAUUACGACCGAAUAAUAACUCUGGGAACAUCAAAAUCUUCGGCAUUCUAAAAAAAGAAAAAUUAAGUAUUUUAAUUUAAAUUUGAUUAUAUUUGUUAGGGGAUGAUCAGAAAAAUAAAAAAAGGGAGAAUUAGGUACUCCCAAGGGGGCCAAAAAUAACUUUUGUAUUUUUAUUC